CUACUGGAAGCUGUGAACGAGCGAUUUGGAAGCGCUUUCUCCGAGCCGCUUUACUACUUGGCAACGAUCCUUGACCCUAGGUACAAAGACCGUUAUUUUGACACGGUCACCAAGCAAGCGGCUGUAAAUAUGCUCCAGAAGCAAGUGGACAAAAUGACGCACAGCGACAGAACUACGGAGACACCGGACACAGAAGAACCUCAAGAGAAGAAGAUAAGAACAAGCGACGAGGGUGGAAAGUCGCUGCUUGACAUGUAUGAUGAAAUUCUGGAGGAAAACUUGAUCAUGGAACAGCACGCAGGCCUGACGAGCCGCACAAGUGUGCAGGUGCAUGGCUAUUUGAGUGAGGCCGCCAUCCCCAGAAAUGAGAGCCCACUGAAGUAUUGGAAAAGCAACUUGUCUCGCUUUCCUGCCCUGGCCAAAGCAGCAUGCAAGUACCUUUCAGCUCCAUGUACAAGUGUGGACAGCGAACGUCUCUUCUCUGCUGCAUCACACAUUGUUGAUGAAAAAAGAAACAGGAUCCAGUGUGAGAAAGCAGAAAUGCUUCUCUUUGUCAAAAAAAACCUGCCUUUGCUGAUGAAGGAGGCCUAGACUUUAACCUACAGUGUCAUGUGGAAACCCUGUUUCAGUGUUUGGGACAUUAAUUUGAGUACAUUGUGGCUGCUUUAAGUUGGUAAAUGUACACAGACUACCAUGUCUUUUGAGUUAGUUAUGUCACAGUUCUAAUAUUUUGAUUUAGCAUUUUUAUAGAUAGGACUUGAAAUUGACUUGCACUGAUUUGCACCUGUAUAGUGUUUUUUAUGUUUGCUUGGUGGAAACAUUGUUUCAGUGUUGGGACAUUUACUUGAAAAUUACAGUGCAAGUUGGAACUGACAGUCAGGACAUGUUUUUGAUAUUUUUGAUUUAGCCUUUUCACAGAUUUGAGUUGAAAUGCAGUGGAGCCUAAAACUUGUUUUGCAAUUUAAUAAAUGCCUGGUUGCCAUGAAUACUGGUAAGUUUGUUAAGGUAACUUUGUCAGGAUUUUAUUUUGAUUUAUGAUCAUUUUUGUAAUUUAUGAUCCAGACAUUCUCACAGGAGUUUUGUGAGUUGAGGGUUUAAUUACACACUUGCUACAAGUUGUGAGGGUUGCUAAAAAGUAACACUGUUGGUUACUUGUGUUUUAUGGUAGCCCUGUAACCUU